AAUCGAAUUCCAGACAGUUGAUGCUCGUACACUUCUGAAGCUGGUGGGCUUCUUCUACUCCGGGGAGCUGGAUGUCGAAGGAGAGCAAGAGAGAGAGAAGGUGAUCACUGCUGUCUCAAAACUGGGCAUCGGGAGCUUGGUAAAUGUGGGCAGGCAAGGGGAUGGAGAAUUAGGUGGAAUUUGGGAGGGAGCCAAUGAGCUCUUCAACCAGGUGGAGGGGAAGAAGGAGACGGGAGUGCAGACUGAUUGCCAGAAUGAGCGGCAGAGAAGGGUGUGGACAAUGACGGAGGGGGACAAAGAAGAUGAGCGCGUUACUCUGGCAAGAAAAGCUGCACAGCUGCCCACAACCACUAGGGACAGGGAGACACAGACAGAGCUUGGUGAUUUGACGCAGAACUGGACAAACACAGGGACGCAAAACAUCACAUCGAGUGGCAACGGAAUGGACCCCGAUCCACUUCAGCUCAGAGCCGCCAACAGUAACACUCAGCUCCUUUCCCACACCUCAGUGACUGUAAACUCCAGUGAGAGCCAUAGCCGCGUUCCCCUCCCAUGCAGCUCUGAGCUGAUACCUGUUCAUACAGGCCUAGAGCCGCUGCAGUCGUGCCCCAUGCCCAGUGCCACAGGUGAUGGCCAGGCAGGAGAGAGUUCUGUGGCAACCACGGCCUGCGAGACUCAUGCCACUAAUGAGGACACUGUGGCCCUCACUGGCACUCAGCUGAAGAGCUCCAGCUUCACUAAAGGUAUUAUUCCUGCCCCCGCUGUUUCUGACACAGCUCUUUAUGUACCAGAUAGUUUUGCCCCUGACCUGCCCACUGUUGCCGCUGGUCCAGUUUCUGGUGCCGCUUCUCAAGCUGCUGCUAUCUCUGACCCAGAAUUUGCACCUUCUCUCUUGGCUGUAGUGCCAUUAUCCUCCUCUGCUACUGAAUGCCUCCAUGUUGCAGAAACAGACAUUGACCCCCUGCCGGUGUUGAAUGCUGCCCAUGGUCACUUGGAACCAGGUGUGCCGAUGGUUGACACCACUGUGGCACCCCUCAUCCACCUGGUGCCCAGUGUCCCAGUCUCGCUCUUGUUUCUGCCUUCUGUGGCAGAGGGUUACCCUUCUGCACACCACACUGUGCUGCAUAUUCCUCAGCUAUCCAGUCAAACUUCAGAGCCCCCACCUACCCCUGUCUACGUCCUCCCCUCUUCACUUUCUUCGUGUCUGCCCUCAUCUGCCCCGCAGGUCUCUGUUAUGCAGGCAGCCCUGUCCACAGACUCCCAAAAGACCGCCACAACUGCUGUGGAAGUGGGCGAGGCGCUUGGAUUAGAGAGUGUAGCAGCAGGAGUGGAUGAUGGUGUGGUGGCACUGGAAGACGGAAACACAGAGGGAUUUGACAGGUUUGAGGGCAACAUUCCUGGUUUCAUCAACUACUUCCUGAAUCGCAGCUCUUCUAAGAAGGGAAGUACCAGGGCUAGGACUGGUCAAAGAAGAGGAGGCAUUAAAAGGAAAAGUGCUCCCACAAGGUUGAGCAAAGGGGGGACACAGACGGAGUGUGAGGUACCCAGCAGAGGGACGGUGACGAAGGAGGCUGAGAAGACCUCGAGUGAGUCAAGGAGACUAGUGCAAGGGUCCAGGCACUGGAGACCACAAUUUGGAACAAUCUUGCAAACAUGGAGAAGGGGCGAGGGGGGAGGUGUGGUGGGCCAGUGGAGUGGUGUCAUGGCACGGCUAGAGCAAAGACAGUCCAUCAGGCUCAAACUGAAGAGGCAGUCAGGAGAAGGUAUGUGGGAGAUUGUGAAGGUGGAGGAGAAGGCUGGCAGGGUGCGAGCUUUGAGCGAGAUCGGCAGGGUGAGUCGGAGGGGCAGGGGUCAGCCACACCGCAGAGCAUGUCAGCCAUCACUCAGCGAGGACACCUUCCCAAUCAUAAAAAGACCAAGAAGUCGGCUCAGAAUCCACCCCGUCCCCUGCCCUCCUGCUCCUCGGCAACUCAUCAAUGCCCUCUCUUGUGACACCUUGCCUGCCCAGCAGCUUGCCCCUGUUCCCCAGGCCCCCCUGCUCCCCAACUCCAAUUGCCCUCCCCAGCAGACCUUGGGCUCUGCUGUCCUCCACACUGCACCCCUGUCCCCUGCCCAAGUCAGUCCCGUUAGACCCAUCAGUCCUGCCAGUCCCGUCAAUCCUGAAGAACCGGUGGGGCAGAUUGACAAGUUGCUGGAGGAUAUCCUGCUGGGGCUCAACUUCUUUCCUCCAAAUAGCACCAUUUCUCAGGACAGCUACCCAAAGAGUUAUUUGCCCAGCAGCACAGGUGGGCUUGAUCCUGACCCCACAGUGAGGCCUUGUGGCAUCCAGCAAGAGCAGGAGCUUGGGGUUCUAGACAGUGAUCUUAGCCCAACUGAGUCUUCAACUCGGGCUUUCCUUAGCCCCAGUGAGACAGCCACCUCCUCCUCCACCACCCUCUGUUUUGGCACUCACUCUGCUACCUCACGUACCUCUUGCCCCCGAGCCUCAGAUCCUUUCCCCGAGUCCUUCCUCGGCAUCAGCACUGAACCGAGCCUUGAAUUCUGUCACUGCCCCCUGUCUCCUUCUGCCAUGUGCUCACAGGUCCCCGACACUUCCACCAAGUCUUCGUCAGAGUGUGAGCCACAAUUAGCGGCUACGACAGCUGUAUCAUUUACACAAUGCAGUUCGCUCCCAGAUGAGAUAGGGAGGGCUCUCCUUCUGCUGAGGUCUGGUUGUGCGGGUUCUCCAGUUGCAUUCAGCCCUCAGGAUAGAAGCAGCACACUGGACGCACAGGGCAAACUUGACAACUUAAGUUUGGAUGCUUCUAUAGGCCCCAAAACCACCAGCCUAGAGGUCUCCAGUGCUCCUCCCAUAGAUGCCCCGAGAAUAUCUCAGCAUGAAGCAGCUGAGCUGAACGAAAUCCUGGACCACAUCCUGCAGUCAUGUGAGCACCCAUCUGCAUUGCAGAGCUUGGAGGAGGGGAAACAAGGCAGCCAGGGUUCUACACUGGAAGACAGGUUGGAGGAGAGGGAACAAAGCAGCCAGGAUUCUACACUUGUUCUACAAACCAGAGCCAAUGACAUGGAACCAAGAGACUCUGAGGCACAAGUUCGGGAUGGGCAAUUACAAAUUACAUGUGUUAGGGAAACAUCAUUUGUUCCAGAGCAAGAGCAAAAAGCGGGAAGCAGAACAAAUCAUGUGGCCAAACAUGCUAUGAAGGCCCUAGAAACGUCACAGGUGACCUCGGAUGAGCUGGUAGGGGCCCAAUAUACAUCAUCAUCUGCUCCACCACACGUACAGUGGUCUUCAAAGCAGCAACUGCGGUGGGUAUCUCCUUUCUGUAGUGGACUGCAGACUCCAUUAAGCUCAAUGGAUGAAACGAAACCCUUUCUAGGAGCUCCCUCUCAUAAAGGAUCAAAGGAUCAGACAUUCUCCUCUCCAACCAAAAUGCAGCCUGUUCCCACCAGCUUUGCCACAGGACCUGCACAAAACUGUAAGCUGCAAGGACUCCUGAGAAAUAGGCAAGACUUUGUAGGAAGAACGAAGUUUGAGAAUCAGCAGCUAAGCACUGUGACCAGGAGUCAAUCCAAAGGUUGGACUCUGAGAACAAGAACAGUGGAAACAGAUGAUGACAUGGUGCAGACCGAUUCCAAUAAGAGGAAACUACCCAUCAAGGCACAUCUACAGACUGUAAUGCAAAGAGAGGCGGAACAUGUGGUUAGGAAGGUGAGCAGAACGUUUUUGAGGGAUAGAAUAUUUUGGCUUGGGAAGGACAAUGGGUGCAAGUUAUGUCCAGGCACAUAUGACAGACCAGAAAGGAUAAAAUUGGAUGGGCAAACUACAAAACCAGAUUUGUUCAGAGAUUCAAAAAUGCAAGUUGGAAAUAACAGUGGUGCAGACAAAGUGCCCCACGGUCUGUCUAGGGACAUUUGGAAAACCAGAGACUGUGUAGUCAGGUUGGUUGACAUCAACAUCUACUUGGGGAAAAAAUCUGCUGACCAUGCAGAGCAAUGGGAGUCAAGGAAUUCUAAAAUGAAGACGGGCCGCGCUUGUACAGAGAAAAGUCCUGUAAUCAUAUUGGAGAAGUUGGCCGAAAUAAACAGCUUGACAGACAAACGGACGAAGACUUCAGAUGUGUCUGGCACAGAGUGCAAUUCCAGAAACCACAGAGUCCAAAAGUGGCCUCGUGGGAGACUGAGGAAGUCCACUCAAGAAGUGAAGAGAGAUGCUGCAGUGACAUCUGGUACCACAGCAGCUGGAGUGACUGAUGUCUGUGGUGUGGAAAAAGGGGCAGGCAGGACAGGGGAACAGCAGUGGGAAGGAGGCGGACUGCUUACAAGAGGGAGGAAGAGAAAGAUGGAGGACACAGGGGACAUGUGGUAUUUGGGGCCUGAACCGGAGCAGGUUGGUAGUCUAGGGGAAGCUGAUCCAGUUCAAAUGAGCAGUGCCCUAAGGAGACCUUCAGGUGCCAUCGCACUACAGACUCCUACCCCUGGUCCUUCACUGCAGAUUGGAGAACAUCUGAAGCCUGCUAGAUGGUCUCCAGGCCUGAGUGUGAGGAAGAAGAGCACCCUGAAGAGCAGCAGUGUUUCAAAGCGUUGUUCUUCAGCAUUUGACAAGACCAAGGAGCUGCAGCAGCACAACCAGUGCAAGAGAAUGUUGAUGAAGAGCAGAGCAACAGAGGGUUAUGGCAGGCAGACAGAAGAGCAGGGGGACCAGGAAGGACAACGGUGUCACAGAGACCGAGAAAUAACCCAAGGAGUUGCGCUGUGGAAUGAGUGGAGUCACACCGAUGGUGGUGGAUUGCCAGAGGAGCAACCCGUCAACAGAAAAGCAGAGGACGACGGCUGUGAAGAAGCUGUUAAUGUCGAAGUGCUGGAAGAACAGCCAAGGGAAUGCAGUGAAGAGGGAGAUGAUGGAGAAGACACACAUGCUGAGAUGGGCAGGAUGGAUAAGGCUGACGAUGGAGAGAUCAAAAAUGGAGACAGAGGGGAGAGAGGAAGAAAUGAACAGAGCAUGUCUCCUACCCAGAGUACUGUAAAGACAAGUUCAACAUCUCCCGAUGCUGAGAGAAUCAGAAGAGGAGAGGCAGAAGAUGCAGAAGAAGUGGAUGCAUUGCAAGAAACAGGUCACUUAGUUGCUUCACAUCAGUUUAGAUCUGCAACAGAACCGUCCUCCCAGAUGCCACCAAGGGCCACGAAUGAGACCUUGGAGUGGGAAGAAGAGGAUGUGGAAGUGGAUGUGGUGGAGUGUUCGAGCCCCUUCCCUAUUGCGCUCAUCAAACCGCUGCUCACCCUGGACGAUGGGUCAAGUUCACCAUCACCGAGUGAGGGGGAAGAUGAGGAGGAUGAGGAGAUCGAUGUGGUUGGAGAAGAGACGGAUUAAACUGCAGACCUUGGCCCUACACCAGAACCUCCCCUAUGUCUCUUUUCCAAAGUCUACAUGAUGUGAAUAGCCUCCUGUUUUAAAGAUUUAAAGUUUCACUUAAUUUUUCUAUAAUUAAAUUUAAUUAUAGAAGACUCUGGAGGCAAUCAUUCAUCAAGCACUGACAAAACUAACACUAAUUACU